AUGCCUGAUAACUCGACAUUGGCUGGACCUGAAGGAUCUCACACAUCAUAUACCAUUGAUGCAGGAGACACAGCUUGGGUCAUGAUUUGCGCCUGUUUAGUUUUCUUGAUGUCGCCAGCACUUGGCUUCUUCUAUGCUGGUCUUGCUCGUGCAAAGAAUGCAUUGUCAUUGAUGUACUUGACAAUUCUAUCGGUUGCUGUGGUUUCAUUUCAGUGGUACCUCAUUGGAUAUUCGCUCACUUUCUCGGCAACUGGUAGCAGAUUUAUUGGCGAUUCCGCACACUUUUUAUUGCGAGGUGUUGGCAUAGAACCAGCAGCAGAAGGACAGACUAUUCCUGCCUCUGCAUUCAUGAUCUUUCAAACCAUGUUUGCUGCCGUCACUCCAGCUUUGGCCUUUGGAUCGGCAGCCGAACGUAUGUCGCUUGGUCCUGCAAUUUUGUUUAUCUUUGUUUGGACAACUUUAGUUUAUGAUGUCAUUACAAACUGGGUUUGGGCGAGCACUGGUUGGCUCUUCCAAAUGGGCAUCAUGGAUUAUGCCGGCGGUAUUCCAGUUCACAUCUCGAGCGGUUUAGCAGCAGUUGCAUAUGCCAUGGUCCUCGGAAAGCGUCGUGAUUAUCAUGAAAAUGUAAACACCCCUCACAAUGUGUCAUUUGUAUUUCUCGGUUUGGCUCUCAUGUGGUUUGGCUGGCUAGGAUUUAACGCGGGCAGUGCGCUUGCAGCAAAUGCUCGCAGCGUAAACUCUCUAGUUUGCACACACUUGUCAGCUUGUACUGCUGCCGUUGUCUGGGUCAUGUUGGAUUAUCUCAAAACUCGCAAAUGGAGUAUCAUCGGUCUAUGCACUGGGGCCGUUGCUGGGUUAGCUACCAUUACGCCUGGCAGUGGAUUCGUAUCACCUUCAAGCUCACUUGCUUUUGGUGCCAUUGGCUCCUUUGUUUGUUACAUUGCUAUUCAUUACAAACACAAGAUGCGUAUAGAUGAUUGUCUCGACGUCUUUGGUGUUCAUUAUGUUGGCGGCCUUGUAGGCUUAAUCUUGACGGGUAUCUUUGCUCAAAAGAGUAUUAUUGCUCUUAGUUAUCCUGUAGGCACUUUGGAUGCUGAUAUUCCUAAUGGUGGUUGGUUAGAUGGCAACUGGAUGCAAGUUCCUGUCCAGCUCGCUGGUAUUGCUGCUGUCUCUGGCUGGUCAUUUGUUGUCACUUACAUCAUCCUGCUUGUUAUCAACAGAAUUCCUUCUCUUUACCUGCGUCUAGCUGAUGAAGACGAAAUCAUUGGUACUGAUUGGGCUGAAAUGGGUGAACGUGCCUAUGCCUAUAUUCCUUUUGACGAAGAAAUGAACACACCCACACGCACAAGCAAUGACAGCAACAGUGAAACCAACGACGAAAAGAAUAACCCUCGCUUGAACAGAAUCAAAAAAUUGCUCAUGGUUGACCGCACCACUGUUAUCAAGGGCGUUCCUGAUCUCAUCGAAGAACCAGUGUUAGACUAUGGUCAAUCCAAAGAUCUGGGGGCUUAUUCUUUGGGCAAGACUACUUCUGCACAUGCUACUGGUGGUGAUCUCUUACAAAAGGCAUCCGCUAAAAUGAGAGACGAACAGCAAGAGCGCGAGCCUGUUCAUUUUGAUGAUCAUCCCAUGUCAGUCCAAUACCAGAGCAAAGGCAGCGAUGCUAUUCAAGUGGCUAGUACAAGCAGUAGCCCACCCACUUCCAGCAGCAGUAGUAACAACUCUGAUAGAACCAAAAAGUAA